UCUGUAAUAAUCAUCUUGUAUGAUUAUUUGAUUCUGGUUGUAAUAAUAUCUCUAAAACACUUUAUUAAUAAUUUCAUAAUAAUCAUUCAUUUAGAUUCGAGAAUAUCUGCCUUUCAGGUUUACAUUUACAACAAUCAAAUACUAAUCUCGAAUCAGCAGCCGCGUGGAUUUCCCAGCUUCAUAAUACACUCUUAAUCGUUCAUGUCAAUUUGUGGUGGUAAAGGAUGACGACAGUUGGAGCGAAAAUGGACGAACCUAAUAAGGCUAAUAAACUUGGUGAUACAAAUGUUUCUAAAAUCCAGAAUACAGCGUCAGGAUUUAAAAGGUGGGGAAGAAAAGGACCGUUCAUCAGAUAUGGGCUCCCUAUGAUUUCACUCACUGUGUUUGGAGCACUCGGGCUUGGUCAUCUUCUGCAAGGCAGCAAGGAUAUAGCUAAGGUGAAAGAUGACCAAGAGUGGGAGAUCCUUGAAACGAAAAGAGCCCUUUCAAGAACAGGACCUAUUGAAGCUUACAAACCCAAAAACUUAUCCCUGGAGGAGGAGCUAAAGGCUUUGCAGCAGAGUGUUGACAUAAACAACUACGAAUAUAAGAAGAUCCCUAAACCAAAUGAAGGUUAACGAGCUUCAAGUGUGGGUCUUCACUAAUCAUUUCACCUUCCUUCUAAUAAGCCAUGUCUUUCAGUCUUUUGAGCUUAAGGGUGCAUGAGAAGGGGUAUGUAAGUCUAUCAGCUUUGACUCGUAGAGAUAAAACAAAUGCUCCUAAAAUUUCGUUUGGUUAUUUUGUGCCUUUCUCGUAGUAGUGCCCUAACAGUAAUGCACUGCGAUGAUCCUUGUAUAAAAACUGUAGCAAUUUUACAAAGCAUAAAGGGAGUCUAUCAAUCGUUUUUGCA